AUGAGCCUGAAACGUCGAGGGUCCGAGCUCGAUCAUGAAGCGAAGAAGAUGAAGCCUGACGACAGCCAUGGCCACGAUGAAGUCUCGUCCAGCAGUUUGCAGGCUACCACGCCUUUGCCUCAUCAGUCUGUCACUGAUUUGGCCAACUUGCCCCAAACGGCUCGCACGCAAUUUGACUAUCUACUACAAGCUCUCAGUGAUAUCUCCCCAGAGACUCUGUACGAAGUCAACAUCUUGGAUCACAUCAACGCCAUCAACUCAGAUGGUGACUCGCCUCCGGAAUUUACGUAUGAGCCGCCUGAAAUAGAAAUCAUGGUUGGUCAUAAGCACGGUACAUUGUUCCACUGCUCUUGUCUAAAGUUCAACCUGCUGAUUAGUCUAUCAGGAAGUGAUUCUACUCACGGCUGCGAGGACCCCGCUUGCGAUAAAUAUUUCGCCAAAGCCAAAGCCAUGCCUUACGCUGAUGGUUCCCGUUACUUUACAGUCGAGGUCGUACAGCUGAGACACUUAAAAGGUGGCAAAUAUUGGCUUCCAUGUCGUGAGUGGAAGUAUAGUAGAUCAACAUUUGAAGUAAAACCUUGGAAGGAGAAAUAUCUACGUCGAAUACAGACCCUUGUCGGAAAAGCCGUGGUUUCUCACAACCGAGAGGUACUCGCUUGGUGGGUUCGUAAGAUUACUCAUGCUGAAACCCCAUUAGAGCCAUUCAAGGGAAGGGAGGAGGCCAGGGGGAAGUUUCUCUCGGGCCUUGUAGUAUGGACUGGACCAUCUCGUGAUGCUUGGUAUUUCCACUGA